GAAACACACAUUAAAACCGUACUGCCUCAAUUGAUCCGUUGCGCAAAACCACACAGUAAUUAACAUACGCCACUGCUCUUCUCACCGUUCGUCAAACUAGACCGACACGUGGACGAUUUACCUCAAAUCACCAACCGUGCGCACAAAUUGCAGCAGCGAUCGGUUACGGAGAAGGAGAAGAUGACGUCGGACGGCGCGACGUCGACGUCAGCAGCAGCAGCGAUGGCGGCGACGAGGAGGAAGCCGUCGUGGAGAGAGAGGGAGAACAAUCGGAGGAGGGAGAGACGGAGAAGAGCCGUAGCGGCGAAGAUUUACACCGGUCUGAGAGCUCAAGGUAACUACAAUCUCCCCAAGCACUGCGACAACAACGAAGUGCUCAAGGCUCUUUGCUCUGAAGCUGGUUGGGUGGUUGAAGAAGACGGAACCACUUACCGCAAGGGACACAAGCCUCCUUCUCUACCUGGUGACGUGGCUGGAUCAUCGUCACGAGCCACUCCUUACUCUUCCUACAACCAAAGCCCUUUCGAAAGUCCCAUCCUUUCUUACCAAGUCAGUCCAUCGUCUUCCUCAUUCCCUAGCCCUUCUCGUGGUGGUGGAGACACGCACAACAACAUCUCCACCAUCUUCCCUUUCCUCAGGAACGGUGGGAUCCCUUCGUCGCUUCCUCCUCUCAGGAUCUCAAACAGUGCUCCAGUGACACCACCUGUCUCGUCUCCAUCAUCUAAACACCCCAAGACGUUACCCACUUGGGGGGAAUGUUUUACCAAUCAGUCUGCUAAACAGUCAAUGUCGUCUUUCAACUACCCGUUUUACGCGGUCUCUGCACCGGCGAGCCCCACUCAUCACCGCCAGUUCAAUGCUCCCCCGGCUACUAUACCUGAGUGUGACGAGUCUGAUGCCUCCACUGUUGAUUCUGGUCAUUGGAUAAGCUUUCAGAAGUUCUCACAACAACAGCCGUUCCUUGGCGUUUCUGCAGUGCCAGCCUCUCCUACUUUCAAUCUUGUGAGACCGCCUGUACCUCAGCAGUUGUCUCCAAACACUGGAGCAACACAAGAGAUUGGUCAAAGCUCGGAGUUUAAGUUUGAGAAUAGCCAAGUGAAGCCGUGGGAAGGGGAGAGGAUCCAUGAUGUGGCUAUGGAGGAUCUUGAGCUCACACUUGGAAACGCUAAAGGUCGUAUGUAGUUGAUAUUCAGAACAAAAAGAAAAAAAAAUCCAUUGUGGCAUGGUUUUUGAGUGUUAGUGUGUUUGUUCAGUUCUUGGUUUUGGUUCUUGUACUAGCAUCUAUAUUCAUUGUACCAAUGAGUUUGUUUCACAAAGGCAUUAUUUGUAGAUAGAAUAUUUAAGAUGCAUGUUUCUAUUUUAUAUCA